CAGUGAAUACAAAUGUGUGUUAAGCAUCACUUUUAUUUUGAUGCUGGUCAGCAAGUGUGUAUUUCUAGGGUUAGGUGAAAUGGUUAAAAUCAGUAUCUGAAAUUGGUAUGAAUCAUUUAAUGGCAACUGUGCAAAAUCAUCUAUAAAACAAAUCAAUCUGAUGUCCAGUGCAGUCACCUGUAAUACACAGUUACACAUUACAUUUUGUAUAUCAAACAAAAACUUCAGUGACUUCAGUUAAGUUACAAUUUGCUUUGACUUGAAUAACAAUAUUCUGUAAAACAAUAACAUGAUAAGAUCACGUUAUGAUCCACUGAAAGUUGGUCAACAUUAAAACUGAACCAUCAUGCAGCCCUACUGGAUGUGGUAUUAUGCUCUAUACAUAAGUGGGUUUUUAUAAUUGUGCCCAAGUAAGGCCUCAGAGUCUGCUUCUUUUUUUAUCCAAGCCUAACAUGACCUUUUUUUUUAAAAGAUGCAAAAUAAAUAGCAAGUAUUAUUGGAAUAAAAAUAUCCUGCAUAUUCCUGAGAGCCCCUGCCCUACAGUGUGUGUUUGAGAGUGUAUGUAAAACGACAGCUUGGUAACAGUUGUCCCUUAUCAGGUUGCAUUCCUGCUGCAUAUCAUCAUCACCAUUGGCUCUUCUGGUAAUACUUUCUCGCCUGUUACUAUGAGUAUGUUUAGGGAUACAAUCACCAACAGACAAAUGGAAAUAAUGAAAGAUGUGAGGAAAAAAAAGAUUAUGGUAGUUUGCAGGACUCAAAAGAGGCAAAAUCAAGGCAUUAGGUCAAGAUGAGAAUUCAAGAAACUGAAGUGGGCAGAAACUCUUGGAUACAGUUCACAUAACUGUAGAGAUUAGCUGAUGUCGAGGAGGCAGACGAACAGAGUUGGGGGGCAUCAGUUGGGAUGAUGCUCCAUUCUUACCCUCCUCCCAAGGGAUGGAUGGGAUGUCAACAAGGUCUGGCACAAGCUGACAAGCUUGCACUCCGGCCCAGCAGUACAUUAGCAUCUCUUCCAGCGUGUCCAGCCCCCAUUGCCACUCCACAUCCAGCCCUGGAGCUUUUAGGCUAUGGAGCCAUGGGGAUUGCCUUUUUAGGAGACACCUGAUCACAGCUGAACUCACCGCCGCCCAACACAAAGAAGCUGCGGCUGAUAACAUGAUGCUGUCAUGUGAGUGCCCACCCUUGAUACAAGAGGGUACAUGUUUGCGUGUGAGACUAGAAGAGAGCUCUGAGGGUGGGAACUGAGUAGAGCUAUUAUGCACAGUUGAAGAGAGAGGUCUGAGGUUGCUUCACAGCAAGCAGAAAUCUCAGCAACAGCGUGAUCACCGGAGAGGCUGUUUGAAGUUCUUCAGGAUGUUUGGGGGGAAGAGAUUUUGCUCUGUUUCUAUUGUUCUGUGUUUGGGAGUCCUCUGAGGUGGUUAAGAAGACUGAAAUCUUGGCAUUUGUCCGUGCCUGACUCAUUCAAGAGAAGAUCUUGUGGUCCUGAUUAUCUGGGUGGAGUGAUUUUUGUCCUGAUUAUUGUCUGAAGAGCAGAGCCCAGUAUCAUGGAGAAAUUCAAGGCAGCCAUGGUUCUGGGUGGUGUUGGUGAUGCCUUAGGCUACAGAAAGGGCCACUGGGAAGACUGCAUUUCAGGCAGGAAGAUCCAAGAGGAACUGGCCUCUCUUGGAGGUCUGGGGGCCAUAAAACUGGACCCUGAUAACUGGCCCCUGAGUGAUGCAACGCUGAUGCACAUGACCACAGCAGAGGCACUUAUAACAGAUUACUGGUGUCUGGAGGACCUAUACCGGGAGCUGGUACGUCUCUAUGUGGAAGCCAUGGUGUCUCUCCAGGGCAGAGCCCCUGAUCCUGUCACAGUGGAGACCUGUGUUCACCUCAAACCUCACAACUUCCUGUUAGCCUGGCAUACUCCCUUCAAUGAAAAAGGGUCUGGGUUCGGGGCAGCUGCUAAGGCCAUGUGUGUAGGUAUGAGAUACUGGCAACCUGAGAGGCUAGACAACCUGGUGGAAGUUGGCAUUGAGAUUGGCAGAAUGACCCACAACCAUCCAACAGGCUUCCUGGGCUCCCUGACAUCGGCGCUGUUUGCAUCCUAUGCGAUCCAGGGGAAACCUCUUGUGACUUGGGGCCGUGAGCUCAUGAAGGUCAUCCCUCGAGCUGAGGAAUACUGCAAGAAGACCAUACGACACAUGGCAGAGUAUCAGGAAAACUGGUUCUACUUUGAGGCAAAGUGGCAGUUUUACCUGGAAGAGAGAGAGAUAGAGAAGGAAGGACAGAAUAAACCUUCGUUCCCUGAUCGCUAUGAUGCUGAGGAGACAGACAAGAUGUAUAAGCGCUGGAGCUCAGAGGGACGUGCAGGCCGGAGGGGACAUGAUGCCCCCAUGAUAGCCUACGACGCUCUUUUGGCUGCAGGGAGCGACUGGGCUGAACUGUGUAAACGAGGCAUUUUUCAUGGAGGUGAAAGUGAAGCCACAGGCCUGAUUGCAGGUUGUCUCUAUGGCCUCAUGCACGGCUUGAGCCAGGUUCCUCGGAACUUGUACCAGGAUUUGGACAAAAGAGAGCGCCUGGAGGAGCUUGGAGAGGCGCUUUACAAGGCAGCAUCUGCAGAGAAGUGCAUAGACAAGUAAUCCUGCUCCUUCACUGGCCCGAACUCUGCUGGCUAUCAGAAGAACUGCACAUGACUUUAAACUGCUUUCCUCUGCCCCACGCUACCCUCUAGUCCGCCUUGGCAGUAUCUCAGUAGUCUUAAGUGGCAUCCUGUCCUCUCCUCACCUCUCUUGUCCUUCUCUGCUUGAUUUUGCUGUCCACUAUCCACAGAUCUGUCACGAAUCAGAAAAGUUAAAGCACCUCUCACUGUAGUUGUGAGGCGGGGAAACAUGAAAAGGGCGACAAUUUAGGGUGUUGAGUUUCAUGAAUACUUUUCUACAAGAUCAUCUCUCUGGUCCAACAUCUGGAAUCAGUCUCAUCUACAUACUGCAUAUCUCAUAUAUGACUUUUAAGCCUACUGAAUGCUCCAAUAUCAUGCCUCUAUUAAAUUCAAAUGACAGAACUGUGGGGAAAAGUUAACUUUUACAGCUUUAAGUAAACUAAGACUUGUAGAUAAUUACAACCAGAAGAUAAUUUCCUUCUCUGACAUUUUCCCUUUUAAAAGCUAACCUGUAUUAACAUUAAGCACAUAGAAACAUUGUGUCCUGGACUAUCAAAUUCAUCAAAAUCUGCAUAAAAUUGUGUAAAUUUUAUCUACUGUGGGUUUUGACAAAGCCUAAAUGAAAAUAUUACUUGAAUCUAAAGGCAUGUCAUAAAAUCUAUACUUUUAAAUUAAGAUUGAACCUAUUUAUCUUUAGCUUAUCAAUGCAUGUAAGAUAUGGUUGAAAUUCUGUAAUGAUGUAACUUUUGUGCAAAACAGCUGCAGAGAGUUGCAGAAUAGUAAUUAUGUUUUCAUAUGAUUUAUUGUUAUUUGAAUUGUGAUUCCCUUAUCAGGUAUAGAUUGUGAAAGCACCAUUACAUGGUGAAUAUUAAUAUGAAGUGAACAUUAAAAUGGAGUCAGAUAUAUAUCACGCAUGCAGUCCCUGUCUCUAUCUUAACAGCAGUUAUUUUGAUGGACAGCUUUUCUUAUCUUAGUUUUCUACCAGAUUUCCUCUUCUUGUUACCCAAACCCAUUCAACAAUCCCCUGAACUAAUCAGCUAUAACAAGUCGACACUGCUAGAACUCUUCAAGUCCAAACAUUGAUCACUUUGCAGCAGGGGUGGAAUGGCUACUAAAAUAUUGAGUUCCAUUUGAACUGAAACUUCUGUAUUUUGUUGAAGUAAAAGUACAAAACUAGUCCUUUUGGAAAUUUCUUGGAGUGUCCUUGGGAGACCUUUUGGUAUGGUCAUUGUGAAAAGGCCACAUACAGUAUG